CCCCAGGUGGCACGUGGGUCUCCCAGUAGAGUGGUGAUGACGUCAGGGGAGGUCACGUGUUCUGCAGUAAGAAUGAGUUUGCUGGAUAAGCAGGUGCUGCUCCGGGGCUCGGUGCGGGAGUUCCCGGACUUCCCCGCUCCCGGCGUCAUCUUCAGGGACAUCACCCCAGUUCUUAGAGACCCCGCUGCGUUCUCCGCCGCCAUCGACCUGUUUGAGGCCUACCUCCGAGAAAAAUUUCCAAAGAUCGAUCUCAUUGCUGGGCUGGACUCCCGCGGUUUUCUUUUCGGUCCGUCGUUGGCACAAAGAUUUGGAAUUGGGUUUGUGUUGAUUCGAAAGAAGGGAAAGUUACCAGGUCCAACAGAGUCUGUGUCCUAUUCUCUGGAGUAUGGAAAGGCAGAGAUUGAAAUUCAGACUGAUGCUGUGCAUCCGGGGCAGAAGGUUGUGAUAAUUGAUGAUUUAUUGGCCACUGGAGGGACAAUGUCUGCAGCUUGUCAACUACUGCAGAGAAGACAGGCAGACAUACUGGCCUGCCUGGUGCUGAUAGAGCUCACGUCACUGAAAGGGGCAGAGAAGCUUAAACCGCACCCUGUUCACACCUUGCUGCAGUACGACUGAUCCAGAUACGUAAGAUCCGGAAGCUGCUGGGACUUAAUUUUGCUGCAUUUGAUUUAAAUGUUAAUUUAGGUUUCCAGAACUUAAAAAUCUAAAGGAGCAUCUGCAUGCUGAGGAUCGAAGAACUAAUCUUAAACAGGGUCCCAUCUGUGACCCCAGUGUAUCCGGUCGGGUCCAAGCAUAUGGGUAGGGAUCAGCAACCUUUAGCAGUCCAGCUGUGCUGAAACUACAACUCCCAGCAUGCACACUCACUUGGUUAUUCUAGGAACUCCUAUAGAUGUAAAUGGAGCAUGCUAGGAGUUAUAGUUUCUCAACAGUUGGAGUGCUGGAAGUUGCUGAUCCCUUCAUCUGUGGUGCCAGGCAUUGAGUACUGGGACACUAUAUCCAUGUGCAGAGGAGGUAGACCUUGUAUAUUUAUUUUAUACUGGUCUUUAUGACCAAACCUGGCUUCGGGUCCUGUCCACACACGGUUAUUUUUGGAAAGUAAUUACCUACAAUGAAGAACUGCAAUAAUAAAUACAAUCCCACGUUA